AUAUCAGAUCAAAGAGAAAACAUGAAAGCUUGUUGCCUGAUCCUUAUUGCCUUCUUGGCUCUCUCAUCUUCUGCUGUCUUUGCUUUUGAUCCUAGCCCACUUCAAGACUUCUGCGUUGCCAUCAACGAAACCAAAACUGGUGGUGUUUUUGUGAAUGGGAAGUUCUGCAAAGAUCCCAAGCUUGUCUCUGUCAAUGAUUUCUUCUACGGCGGACUGAAACAAGGAGACACAUCUGGUCCGCUCGGAUCAGCAGUGAGCCCUGUUACUGUAAACGAAAUCCCAGGGCUCAAUACUUUGGGCAUAUCAUUGGCUCGCAUAGACUUUGCCCCAAAAGGCUUAAACCCUCCACACACCCAUCCUCGAGGCACUGAGAUUCUUGUGGUUUUGGAGGGUACUCUUCUGGUGGGUUUUGUUACGUCCAACCCAGAGAAUCGCUUAUUCACCAAAGUACUGCACAAGGGAGACGUGUUUGUGUUCCCAAUUGGUUUAAUUCACUUCCAACUCAACGUGGGUUAUGAAAAUGCAGUCGCCAUUGCUGGUUUGAGCAGUCAGAAUGCGGGAGUCAUCACCAUUGCGAAUGCUGUGUUCAAAUCAGACCCUCCAAUUUCUGCUCAAGUUCUCACCAAGGCUUUUCAAGUGGAUAAGAACAUAAUUGUUGCUAUUCAGAAACAGUUGUGAAUAGAAAAUAUAUAGUUGAAGAAAGAAAAACUAGCUAUUCAUUCACAUUUCAUGUAUUGAUUGGAUUAUUGUUUGUAAUAAUUUGUUUCUGUUUGCCUAUUGUAAUAGUGUAUGGAUCCUUGCAUCUUAUUUUUCACGUUUGAAUAAAAAUAAGCGA